GGGGUCCAGGGACCCCAGUUUGAGAACCUCUGGUUUAUACUGUUAUUAUGCCCAUGUGUAAUUAGUAAGUCAUUUUGUGGGCUGGAAGCUGAAAACUUUGAAAACCACUGCUGGUUCAGAGAGUUCAACACACCACAGCCUAACAACAAUCAAACUAAAGCACGAAAAAGUGCUUAAAAGAUUAUGCAAAUAUCAAAAGAAGCACAGAUCACAUAUGGUGCAGCCAAAUCUUUAUUGCAUGUUUUGUCGUUCUUUUUUAAUUUUUACAUACCUGGUUGGAUUAAUGAAAAUAAAAUCUAGCUGACACCUGUGCAAUGUGCUCUUUGCCUUUCAUCAGUCAAUCAGAGAAACUGAUCUGACAGGCAGGGAGACUGACUAAACACGUCUGUCUGCCUGUCCAGCAGAACCCACCCUUUUCAUUCUUUCAGGCUGGAUCCAAGGCAAAGACCUAAACAUUAGGCUACAUUUCAACUUUAAAGCAGACAGGAGGUAAACCUGCUGUAAAUAAGGGAGUGUGAUAAUGGCUGAAUACGCGCUCAGUGUGACAACAGGUGCCAUGAAGCAUGCAGGAACAAUAGACCACGUCUACGUCGUCCUGUUUGGAACAGAAGGGCAGAGCGGACGCACCAACCUGGACAACUUUGGUAUCGACUUCAGAACCGGGAAGACAAGAACAUUCAGCAUCAAGACGAGCUCGUCUCUGGGGAAACUUUUGCUCCUUAAAGUGGAGAAAGAUCCUCGCCUCUGCCUAAAAGAGGACGAGUGGUUCUGCUCCGAAAUGGUGGUGACGACUCCAGAGGGAGAGGAGGUUUUUUUCCCCUGUCACAGGUGGAUUUACAGGGGAGACAAUGUGGCGCUCAGAGGGGGGAAAGCUACAAARGCUUUUGAGGACGAGCAUCCUCUGCUGAUUGAGCACCGGAAAGAAGAGUUAAAGCUUAGGAAGAGCUUGUACCAGUGGGAGGUUACUGACGACAAGUUUUUACACAACAGUCACUUCAAAAACAUAUCUGAGCUCCCCGGAGAAAUCCGCUUCUCUGUGUCCAAAUCAGAACAAAUAUCCUACAAAAAAAGAAUGACCGAUGCUGAACUGGGAUUCAAAAGCCUGGCGGGAGCCAAUAAACAGUGGAAACACAUCAACGACAUGAAGAAAAUCUUCUGUUUCAAAAAGACGACAAUGUCAGAGUAUGUUUCUGAGCACUGGAAAGAAGACGACUUUUUUGGAUUCCAGUUUCUGAACGCAACAAACCCCAACGUGAUCAGGCGCUGUGCGAAACUUCCUCCGAACUUUCCGGUCACAGAGGAGACGGUGACGCCGUUUCUGGCUGGAAGCACUCUGAAGAAAGAAAUGGAGAACGGUAAUAUAUUCCUGGUGGACCAGAAGAUAAUGGAUGGAAUACCAACCAGAGAGAAGGAUGGAGGUUCUCUUCACAUAAGUGCUGGUUUUUGCUUGUUCUAYAUGAACCCGGAGAAAAAACUCAUGCCUCUUGCAAUACAGCUUCGGCAGCAACCCUCCGAGCAGAACCCCAUCUUUCUGCCCAGCGACCCGCAGACAGACUGGCUCCUGGCCAAGCUGUUCUUUAAAAGCGCGCAUGUAUUGGAGAACCAGACGGUCCAUCACAUCUUGAACACGCACUGCCUGGCAGAAGUCUUCGCUGUCGCUACUCUCCGCUGUUUCCCCGCCGUCCAUCCUUUUUACAAGCUGCUGAUCCCUCAUUUCCGCUACACUCUGCACAUCAACAUAUUUGUUCGRAUGUCAGUUCUUGGACCCGGCGGGGCUUUGAGUGAGAGUUCCCUUGGUGUGGAUGGGAUGAGGGAGCUGAUGAGAAGGGCCCUGUCUAACAUGACCUACAGCGCCCUCUGUCUGCCUGACAACAUCACUGCACGAGGUCUCGAGUCCAUCCCUGGCUUCUACUACAGAGAUGACGCUUUGAAGCUGUGGAACUACAUCAUGAGUUUCGUGAGGAGCAUGGUGGAGCUUUUCUAUUCCUCAGACAGCGACGUGAGGAAAGACACUGAACUGCAGGAAUGGAUCCAUGAGAUAUUCACGCACGGCUUCUUGGAAAACAAACUCUCUGGUAUUCCAACAUGCUUCAACACUGUGGGUGAAGUGGUCAAGUUCACCACCAUGGUGAUCUUUACGGUGACUGUACAACAUGCUGCUGUCAGUAAUGGACAGUUUGACUACCACGCCUGGAUCCCCAAUGGCUCUCUUCAGCUGCGCGGACCUCCUCCAACCACAAAAGGCCAGUCGAGCAUGCAAACGGUUCUUGAGGUUCUCCCAAACGUUGGCGACACCGUUAAGUUCGCAGCAUUGAGUUGGACUCUGUCAAGCAAGUACACCAAUGCGGUUCCUUUGGGUGAAUACCCUGAAGAGCGUUUCCACGAGCCAGCCACUAAGCUGAUGAUUAAGGACUUUCAAGCUGAACUAUCCUACCUGACUGAAGAAAUUAACGCAAGAAACUCUCGGCUUAAAGUACCCUACUCGUAUCUAAACCCUGCUGAAAUAGAAAACAGUGUAGCAGUUUAGACAAGUACGGAAAAACCAAGCUUGACUCUAUGUAUCCCCCCUCCACCUGUUUUAGUUGAAGUGUUCAUUUGAUUCAGUGUCGGCCAUAGUUGGGAGUCUUUUUCUGUCCAAAAUAAAGCCAAUAUCAAAGGGUCAGGUAAUCCAGACCUUUCUAUGGAAAGAUUAAUAAUUAUCUCAUCUAUGGAUAGUUCUUUGAAGAACUUCAUUUUAGAUUGUUUAAUUUCGACUGCAUUGAUAAGAUAGGGGCUAGCUAGAAGUUAAGAUAAAGUGGAUUUCUGUUAACGCAACUCUCAAAAAUCUGAGUUAUUUUAAGACAACAGAUAUUUAUUUCUGUAUUUAUCCAACUUAAAUUAGCCACUAGCUUGUUAAACUUCAAAUUAUGAGUUUGCUCCACUUUGGCUGUUUAAAGAGCUAUCUGCAGCAGGUAGUAUAUUAUCUAUUUAUAGUCAUGUCGUGAAGAUUAUGUUCUUUUUACAUCCUUGUUUAUAAAAUCUUUAUACUGUCAACUUCACUAAUGUUAUUUCUGUUUAAUGCAAUCUUAUUUUGUUUACUGGACUGAAUGUUUUUAUGUUUAAGUUGCAUUAUUUCUAAUUUUAUCUAACAGCUAUAGAUUUUAACAAAGAUGGGAAACACUUAAAUCAUACAAAAGGCAGUGGGGACUUUAUUAAAUUGCAGCAAAUUAGAUACAUUAAUUACUGGAUGUCCAACUGUUACAACACAUUGUAAACAAACAAACAAACAAAUCCAAACAAAACAUGUGCACAUGGCUGGACCCCUGGAAGAGAUCAGAAGUGCUUCAAAUUAGCUUUACUGAUCCUCUUGGAAGGGAUUAGAAACAUUUAAAGUGCUGUCAUAGUUUCUGACACAGAAAUAACACAGUUUAACCAACAACUUGCUGUUUUUCACAAAGGCAGAAAAAUAUGUAAGUUCAUCUUUAACAUUAUUGAGAAUAAAAAUCUAGUGCUCA